AUGAAGGCUACAAAUAAACUACUUAAGCCAUUCAUACUUAUUGUGGUCUUAAUUCUCCUGUAUAUAUAUAUGAAACCAAGACAAAAAAAAUUUGAUCUAGACGAAGAUGUGUAUUUUAUCCAUAUAUUUUAGACAACCCACCCUCUCUUAAGGAAAAGGAAUUACUCGAGAACAUGCAAUUCAUUUUUACGAAGUCUUCCUUAACAUCCUAUUGAAUAAACAUAAUAAAUUCGGUGAACAUGCUGAGAAUGUUUAUUUGAUCAAUUAUUUAAUCAGAAACGAUGUAAAAUGGAGAGUCACUGAAACCAUGCUCUUUCAGCUAUUUGAUGUUACAGGUAUCUAACUUGAUUAAUGAAGGAAAUAAUUAUAUAAGUAAGAGUGAAUAUGAAUCAUUCGCUGAUAUGAUUGAUGAUGUAGGAGAUCGACAGAAAUUAGAUUCUUUAAGAAUGCUAAUUGACAGAAAUAUUGACACAAAAAUUAUGAGAACCGAAUGGAUUAAUUUUUGCAAUAAGGUUUUAAGACCUAAGAUGAUUCAGGAUUUAUAGGAAUGGGAAAAGUUUCAUGGUUCAUUAUCUAACCCUUAUAAUAUUACUGCUUAAUUUACAGCCCUCAAUAGGGAUGAGAGAAAUCAUAGAGAUUUAAUACAUUUGCAGUUAGAUAGAGGAUUACAAAUGCUACAUGAUGGAUUCAAGAGAUUUGUAAAACAUUAUGAAGAAUAAACGAAACAUACAAAAAACGAUAAAGAUCUAUUUGUUAGAAAGAUAGGAUUUUGGAUACUUGAAAGGUUUGAAAGAUGGGAUGGGUUAUUUAAUUGGAUAUAUUAGUUAUUAGAUGAUAAUGGAGAUGGAGAAUUAACACCUAAGGAAUGUGCUGCAUAAUUAAAUACUUUUGCAGUGUCUAUGGUACAUGUAAGAGAGAUCUUCGAAUAUAUGGAUGAGGAUGGGGAUGGUAUUCUAUUGAGAAAAGAAUGGGCUGAUUUUAGUGAAACAUUCAGAAAACUAUUAUCAGGUUUUUUUAAUUAAAAGUGAG